AUACGAUACGUCACGUGCAAUUAGAGCAACAGCAACUCUAGAGCAAGUCGAGAUUUAGAUAUGUCAGGAUAUCCACCAGAGCAGCAAGGAUAUGACUAUCCUCCUCAGCAAGGCUAUGCCCCACCGCCAGGCUAUGCCCCACAGCCAGGCUAUCCUCCACAGCAGCAAGGAUACCAGCCUCCUCCUCCUGGCUACGGUGGAUAUCAGCAAGGACCCUCUGGCCCAGUCCCACAGCAGCAGCAGGCGUCUAAUAAUGUUGUUGUUGUUCAGCAGCAACCACCUUCACAAACCGUGGUGGUGAGAAAGGAUGACAGUCCCAAUCACGUCCUGCACUGCAUCAUCACCUUCUUUUGUCCAAUUUGGAUAUUUGUAUGGCUGAUUCUUUGCUGCAUAUAUGGAUGUUGAACCCAGCUAUUCCAUGCAUGCUUUGAUUACAUUUAUACAUGGCCUUGAUUUAAGUUAUAAUUGUAAUAUCGUAGUCAUAAUGUUGUUGUAGUUAUCUUUUGUUAUUAUUCUAAUCAUGAUGAAACUAAA